AACUUGGAAUGAGAAUAGCAGGUCCGUUUGUCGGUGAGAGCCCUGAAUGCUCCACUCCACCUCCAAAGUCUUUCAAGACAGGAGCUUGCGUGCGAGAGCAAGACAAGAAAUGUCAAAUCGAAGCACAAAAACACCAAAUUGCUAGGGAAGCAUUGCACUGGAAACAGAUUUGAAGCGCUUCUAAGCUCCCCUCCAAGAGCUACUUCAGCUACCCCACCAAGAUGACGGCAUGGGAACUACUCUCCGCCAGCCCUCUCCUUUCUUUCGUGGCUCUCGUUGUUCUUGUAAGAAAAAUCUCCUGUUAGAUAUUCCUGGAUCAAGAAGCGCGAAGCUGACGAUUGUGAUUGUGAAGUACAAUAUCAGUACCAGCAUCUACAAUCUCUUUUUCCACCCCCUCAGUAAAUAUCGAGGUCCGACAAUUGCAUCGGCAACUCGAAUUCCACUGACAUAUGCGUUGAUAUGUGGAGAGGGGCCGAAAUGGAUUCGAAUCCAGCACGAACAAUACGGCAACGUCGUACGAAUUGCUCCCGACGAGCUCAGUUACAUGGCCACCGAAGGAUGGAGAGACAUCUACGGCUCAACUCCAGCCGCAAAAUAUGGAAUGAAGAGAUCUGAUGACUUCUUUGCAUACUUCUUUGACAAACAGUCAACAGAGGCGAGCAUUGUAAGCGCGAACGAGGAGGGUCAUCGUCGGCUCAGGAAGAUAUUCUCACGAGCUUUCUCGAAACCAGCACUCGCUGCACAAGAACCCCUCAUCACUGAGAAAGUUGACCUCUUGAUAGAAAACCUCAAACAGGCGUCAAGAGCAGGCAAGCGGGUCAACAUGGUUGACAUGCACUGCUUCACUGUCUUCGACAUCAUCGCUGAUCUGAUGUUCGGAGAAUCUCUCCAUCUGUUGGACGACGACAACUCACCAAACGCAAGCUGGGUGAGAUCUGUUCCGGGAUACAUUGCAGCAAGCAUUUGUUUAGGCGCUGUUGCAAAGUUCCCCAUCGUCAGAAUGACACUGGCCCUUUUCGCACCCCGCCUUGUGGCAAAGCACUACAAGGAGUUCCUGAAGUCCACGAGCGAUAAAGUGGAUGUCCGCUUGGCAUUGAAGGAAGAACGGGGAGACAUCAUUCACUUUCUCACUGACCCCAACGAGAAAAUGUGUCUGUCUCGGCCCGAGGUCGACAGCGCUGCCGUGGUCCUGAUGCUGGCAGGAAGUGAUACGACACCAUCAAUCCUCUGCGGGCUCAAUUACCUGUUGCUAGCCCAUGGGGAGGUUCUAGCCAAGCUCGUAGAAGAGAUUCGAUCUUCGUUCAUAUCGGACGAGGAUAUAACUUUAGAAUCAGUUUUCAAGCUGGAGUAUCUCGGUGCAUGUAUCGAUGAGGGCUUCAGAGUGUACCCGGCGGCUCCAAUUGGAUUUCCUCGUGAUGUCCCCGUUGGCGGUGCUUCGAUCUGUGGGAGCUUUGUGCCUGGAGGAACAACAGUCUAUGUGACACCACUAGCAGCAUACACCUCUCCUUCGAACUUCCACAGCCCGGAAGCCUUCAUACCGGAGAGAUGGCUGCCUCAAGCAGAAGCAAAGUAUGCCAGUGACAAGAAAGCUGUCGUGCAGCCUUUCUCCAUAGGGCCUCGAGAUUGUUUGUGCGGUAGCAUGGCAUAUUUUAUGAUCAGGAUGAUCUUCUGCAAGAUCCUUUGGAAUUUCGACGUGGUGCUCGAGCCGGGCAACGAGAACUGGAUAAAGGACCAGCGGAUUUAUGGAACUUGGCAGAAGCUGCCCCUGAUGGCGAAGCUGUAUCCUGUCAAAAGGGGAUAGGCAUGGAGGUCGAAAUGUUGGUCGAGUUUCUUCUGCAGGCGUCUUGGGGGUCGCGAUGAGGGGGGUGCGGGGUGUGGCGGCUUUGAAGGUUGCGAGCAGAGCACAGUUUUCCGAUCUUGUAUAUGUGCCGUCUGAAGUGACACAAGUUUUUCCAGUGUUGCGGAGCAAGUUUGCGUUACCAACAUGUCAGAUAUCAAGAGAAGUUAGGUGGUGGUGGUGGUGGUGAAAAGGGGAGUCAGAGAGCGGAGUUAGUUAUUGCUUGUUCCGCG